AACAGGAGCCAGUCUGGCGUGCGCAGAGCAUUGUGUAUUCGAGACGUCGUUAGGUGGUCGAGGACGCGGUGUCGGUCGCUUGAGCGGGCGUGCACCGGGUGGCUGUGUGUCGCGAAGACGAUCAAUAUGACAGCCAGCAAUGUCAAGUCAAAGUCGGUCAGCCAGCAGCAGAUCAGGCGCAAAGCAGGAGUGUGCAGGUCGUGUCAAGAGGAAAUGGCGUCCGGCAAUCUGUACGAGGCGGCAGCAGCGAUGGAGAACAGACCGUCCGGAGUACGUGCGCGCGUGCGGUUGCGGUCUGCAGCUUGCAGCCUUCCUUCCUGGCUCAGUGUGGAGAUCUGAACUCUUGGGAAUCCUCAAACCACAGAAGCCAAUUUUGCCAAUAUUAUCUGCUUCAAGCUCGGGAUUCUGUUUCGCCGCUACCUAUCAUCAACCAGUCUUUUUCUGCUUAUAUUAUCUCGUGAAUUUGCAUCUUCAGAGCUCGAUACUCGACGAGUUGCACCUCGAGACUCGAGUCUUCCCACUCGUCCAACUUCUCCUCACGAAGUCGUCAUGCACGCCAAGCGUCCGAGCGUUGCGCCUCCCACAGUCGACUGUCGUUCAUCUGAAGAACCGCUGCAAGUCGUCGAUUCGACUUUUUGUCUUGAAUAACGUCUUUGCGCACUCUACUGUCUGCUGCAAUAUGCGUUCACUGCUUGCUCUUGUUCGCUCGCGUGCUCUGAAAUCCACACAUCUGCACGCCCUGGUAUUGUUCUCUGUGUGUCAUCUUGAUAUUCGGUACAUCUGCCGCAUCGGUCUUCUCCGUGCCCGCAUGCACAGCACUCCGAGUACCAAACUUCAUUAACCCGCCAUCUUAUUCCAGCCCUGACUAUUUGACUUCUGUUGCUCUGAUCUAACAAUCCACUCGAGCAAAGCCCUCGCUCGUCGUUGAAGAGCGAAUUUCUCGUCAAACUCCAUCUCACUAUGGCUUCGGAUCCAGCCAUCAACGGUCUUACGGACCGAAUACCGUGCCGCUGAUCUGCAAUCCUCCGCGGUACGAGCUCACGAGUACUUCUCACAGAGUAGCACUGCAUUUGGAUCACGACACCAGUCUCUUCGUAGUGAUUGUUGUGACUUGUCCUCACCUCUAGUCCUGUCCAUUUGGCAACCCCCACUCUUCGAGCAGCUGUUGCAUGCGAUACUCUGUCGCCCACCCCGUUUCCCUCUGAAUGUUUUGUAGCAGGUUCAGUAUACACC